AUCUAGCAAGUACAUCGGGCAUGAGGCUAGUGCUAGGAGGACACAGCACCAUAUCGGCUCAGCCCUACGGAGCUGACCGACAAGCCGUACGCACGUGGAAGACACCCGAGAACGUGAAGGAGUUGCAGCAGUUCCUAGGCUUCGCUAAUUACUACAACAGGUUCGUGUCACAGUAUGCGAAAAUCGCAGCACCACUCACGAAUCUGCUGAAGAAGAACACGCCCUACAAAUGGGAGCCGAAGCACCAGGAAGCCGUGGAGCAGCUGAAGCAAGCACUUACGUCCGCACCGGUACUCAUUUUGCCAGAUCCCGAACGCGACUACGUCAUCGAAGUUGACGCCAGUGACCAAGCAGUGGGAGCAGUCUUGAUGCAAGAUCAAGGGAAUGGACUGCAACCAAUCGCUUACCUAAGUAUGAAACUACACGGGGCAGAACUAAACUACCCGAUACACGACAAGGAGGCCCUGGCUAUCAUCAUCGCCUUCAAAGCGUGGAGAUGCUAUCUCGAAGGACGAAGAACAACCGUCUACACUGACCACUGCAGCCUGAAAUACUUGAAGACACAACCCAACCUUUCCAGGCGGCAGGUCCGGUGGAUCAACUUCCUCGAGACACGCUUCCACUACGACAUCGUGUACAAGCCCGGUCACAAGAACAAAGCAGACGCUCUCAGCCGGCCUGCACACAUUGCCGCUAUUCAGGUCGAAGGGAUGAAUCCACUACUCAAGGGACUCUUCACACACGGGUACGCCACCGACCCCGAAAUUCCCUUGGCAGAAAAGCGACAUCUGCUACUGUGGGACAGUGACAUCGCGUACCGGAAAGGAUCAACAAAAAUCUGGGUACCCAAUUACCCUCCUUUGCGCCAGUUACUACUCAAAGAAUACCACGACGUCCUCUACGCCGGACACUUCGGUAGCAACAAGCCGCUGACCGGUAUCGCAAAGCACUACUACUGGCCCCACUUAGCAGAAGAUGUCCAGAAAUUCGUCACCUCGUGUGAUACAUGUCAGCGGAUGAAGAGCAGCAAGCAGAAAAAGGCGGGACUACUGCAGCCUCUUCCUGUCCCAGAACAACCAUGGCAAGUGGUUAGCCUGGACUUCAUCACCGGGUUACCACCUACAACCAGCGGUCAUGACGCAAUCCUCGUCGUCAUUGACAAGUUCUCCAAAAUGGGACACUUCAUCCCGACACACACGACAGCAUGCACCGAAGAAACAGCACAACUCUUCGUUCGAUACAUCAUCUCACAGCAUGGCAUUCCAACCACACUCAUCUCCGACCAAGACCCUAAGUUCACCAGCAAUUAAUGGAAGGAACUUAUGUCUCUCC